AUGGCGGUGGCGGCUUCCGUGCCGCGGGCCGUCUGAAGGAACGCGAAGUGUCUGUGUCCGCCGCCGUGUUGCAGGUAACUGGGUGAGCCUGGGUGGACCGGCCCGAGCCCUCAGCCUUCUCUGCGUCUUUUGAAGGUCGGAGAUCCAGGAAUGCUCCGCGACAAAACAGAGGCUGAGCCCCGGCGAAUGCGAUGGCCGCUGUGGUGGCCAAGCGGGAAGGGCCGCCGUUCAUCAGCGAGGCAGCUGUGCGAGGCAACGCCGCCGUCCUGGAUUACUGCCGGACCUCGGUGUCGGCGCUGUCGGGAGCCACGGCCGGCAUCCUCGGCCUCACCGGCCUUUACGGCUUCAUCUUCUACCUGCUUGCCUCCAUCCUGCUCUCCCUGCUCUUAAUUCUCAAAGCGGGAAGGAGGUGGAACAAAUACUUUAAAUCACGAAGACCCCUUUUUACAGGAGGUCUCAUCGGAGGCCUCUUCACCUACGUCCUGUUCUGGACGUUCCUCUAUGGCAUGGUGCACGUCUACUGAAUGGGGGCAGGGAUGACUUUUUUAAAAAAACAGAUUGGGAGGACUGUCGCCAGAAAUUAACACCGUGUAAACUUAGUUUUUAAAUUGUUGAAUUCGCUGCUUGUUCUGUAAUGUUAUAAUUUAUAUCUGAAGACGAAGAGCCUGUAAUAUUCUUCAGAUUAAAUGAAGCGUGAGACACUU